CCUGUCUAAACUUGGUGAGGGUGAGCUGUAAGCAAAACAUUGAAUUUUUUUUUGCAAAGAAUCUGCUUACGUUCUCUAAAACUUUUAAAUAAAAUCAAUUUCCUGCGAAACCAAAUAAGCAAAUAUGUCUGGACAUGAAACUUUUAAUAGUUUGACAAUUGAAAAACCAGAUCCAAUAUUUGCUCUUUCAUUUGAGAAACAACUUUUAAAAGAAGUGCAAGAAGCUGCAAUGUUAUAUUGCAGCCAUGAUCCCAAUUACAAUAACUUAGCAAAACAUAGAUUAAAAUGGUUGAUGAUAGCUGAGGCCUGCAAGAAAACUGUUUCAGAAUGUGUGAAAAAAUGGCAUUCUUUGUUGCGGAUUUAUUUCGCCUCAUCACCAGAAUUCCCUUGGAUACAUAUGCAAGAUUUUCAAAAAUUCGAACCAUAUUUGUCUAACCAUAGAAUUCAAAAUCCAAGUAGAUCUCAAACAAUUCAACUUCUCGCUCAGCUAUGUAAAAACAGUUCCAAAUUAAGAAAACCAGAAUCGACACCAGAAGAACGACAACAUAUAUGGUUACAAAUUGUAUCUGAUUGUAAUGCAGUUACUCCAGGAGUAAUAAUGUCAACUAUAAAUUGGCAAAAGUUCUGGUUGAUGGUAAAACAAAGUUUUGGAACCCGAUUGUAUAAUGUUAUAUUAGGCAAUUGUAAAAAAAAUGAACGUUUAUCGCAAAAUUAUUCCGAAGUCGAAUUGAAAAUGAUUGAGAUUUGUGGUGUUACACCUGGGCAUCCUAUACAUUCUAUUAUAGAAGCUUUAGGCACCAAUUUUGAGCUAGGUACAAAUAAGGAAAUUGUUGUUCGCAAAUGUAAAAAAUGUCUUCAACAACCAGAUGAAAUUUUAUAUGAAGGUUGUUGUUCAAAAUGUUGUGUAAAACCAAAAUCAUGUACAAUUUGUUUUAAUGGAGGAAUAUUAGUCAAAUACAUUUUGGCCAAUUGGUCUAAACAAGCAUUGAAUUUGCUUCCAGUCAACAUUGCAUCGUCUGAUCAAAUUUCUAUCUGUACUAAAUGUGCAGAUAAAUUAAAAAAUGAAGCUACAAUUAAAUGGAAAAUAUGUCGUAUUUGUGAAGCAAGUAAAACGACGUGUUUAGAAAAUUUGUAUUCUGAAAACCAUACAAAUUUAAGAAGAGAUUUUAAAGAAGCUACUAAAUUGGAAUUCAAAAAAAAUGAUGGUUUACCUGGAUAUAUUUGCAAACAAUGUGAAGUGCGUAUUGAAAAUGUAAAUAAAUUUAUUAAGAAGGUUAAGCAAACACAAAGUCGACUUAUGCAUAUACAAUUUAUAAAUUUCAUUGGUGAUUCCCUCGAACAACCAGAAAAACAAGACCAUGAUAACGAUGGCCAUGUGGCUAUUUUGCCAAAAAAAGACGGAAUAUUAUCUACAAAACAAUCCAUACCUCCAAAAAUAACAAUGUUAGCACCUGUAUUUAAAACUGUAAAACCACAACAACUGAUUCCGUUGUUGCAAAAAUCAGGAUCAAAUUUUACAAUGAAACCAAAGCCUAUCACAGUGUCUAAACCAGCCAUCUUCACUAUAGAUAAAGAACCACCUUCAGGCUCAGGGCCAAGUGCAACAUCAGUAACAUCGACUAACACUGAUUAUGAAACAAUUGAAGAUGCACCUCCAGCAUUUUGUAUACCCAAAAAUAUUAUUAAAAUCGAUAAAAGCCCUUCAAAAGGAUAUAAACAACUGAUGGACUUAAGUGCAGAUCCAUUGCAAGUUGUUGUCAAAACUGAAAACAUUGAUGAUGAUUACAAUUCAGGUAUAGCCAUUAAUGCAGAAACGUCCACGACGUCUGCGGGUGCGGCCGUGGUGCAACAAAAUCCAAUGAAUGUUGCCCGAACAAACAACUAUGCUCUCAAAAUAUCAACCAUUAAAGCCAAAAGUGACACGAGAAUAUUACGUGUUAGAGGCGAUUUGAUAAAUUGUAAACCGCAUCCUUAUAUUCCAAAACUGCUUGUACCAUUUAAUUUUGGUGAAAAACAGCAAAAGUCGAUAUCGGGAGGAAACAGUAGUCAAAUUCGAUCUCACCCUAAAGGUUUUCGAAAGGUGAAUACUGUUGUUAAAAAUACAAUACACAUAGGAAAACCAGUUAAUAUUUCACAGAAAUUUCAAUCAAAACCAGAAACAUUAGAAAGUCAGGGUAUAAAGAAGCGUCGAAAAUAUUGGGGAACUGUUGAAGAAUUUCAAAUUGCUCCAUUAACAACAAAGACAAUAUUGGGAGAUCAAACUCUUACUGAACUUGAUGAAAACUCAAAGAAAAUAAAACUGAUUCAAUUAGUUGAAGGAAAUGUUGAUCAUGGUUGUGGAAGUUCAUCAUCAGAGAGUCUUUUGAUUCAAAAUUCUCAAAAAGUUCGAAUAAAAGAAGACCAAAAUGCUAUUCCUAAAUGUUAUUUCAAGGUGAAAAAACUUCGCAUCAACAUAAAACGAGAUAAAAGAAUCCGAAUAAUUGAUCGAAAAUUGAAGAACCUCUAUCUCAAGCAGUCAAUAGCAGAAAGUUGUUCAGUUGUAAACUCAAAUGCACUACAUCUCAAAAACUUCAAGAAAUACUUCCAAAAAACAACGUAAGUUUAUUGAAGAGGAAAAAUAUUGCUGUAAGUACAUACAUACAUAUGUUUCACAAAUGUCUAGGAAAGUUUUUUUAUUGAGUAGAAAUUAUAAACUUUUUCAAUCAUUACGCUAAAAAUAAAAAUAUAAAAGUGUGAUUUAUAA